CCGACUCCCGGAACAGCACGAACGGAGCAGAGCGGCGCGGCGCGGCGGCCUCCGCACCUCAGCAGCCGCCGAGCGCCCGCCCGCCCGCUCGCCCGCCCGCGCGCGGCCGCGUCACCGCCCCGCCCCCGGCCCCGCCCAUCCCCGUCCCGGCCGGGCCCAGCCGCGGGACGCGGGUCAGUGCCCGGCCUGGGUGUCUGCGGGCGCAGCGAGCCAGGCGGCUGCAGCGUGCUUAGGGUCCCCGCGGUGCCGGAGCCCGCGUUGACGCGGGCGAGAACGUGCAACGGGCCAUCGCGGGAGGACUGUCCUGUAUGUCACCUAGAGCGGAUUGCACAGGCUCGGGGUCGCGGCUGGAGGAGGCCAGAUCCCAUGGCCGGAAGUUAUGGUGUGAUGGCUGAUGACGGUUCUAUCGAUUACACCGUCCAUGAAGCCUGGAACGAGGCCACCAAUGUCUACUUGAUAGUUAUCCUCGUUAGCUUCGGUCUCUUCAUGUAUGCCAAGAGGAAUAAAAGGAAAAUUAUGAGAAUAUUUAGUGUGCCUCCUGCAGAAGAGAUGUUGUCAGAACCAAGCUUUUAUGACCCAGUGAGCAGAAUUCGCUUAAGACAACAAGUGGAUGUCCAUCCCAUCUCAAGAAAGUAUGAGUAUCAACAGCCCCAAAGCCAGGCUGACAGUGUGCAGCUCUCGUUGGAAUGAAACUUCGGACUGAGCAGUGGAAGUGAUUGUGAAGCAGUGUGAGAACCAAGUUCUUCGCCCGUCUGUUAGAUUAUGAACAGCAUUUAGAAAACUCGCCAGAUAAACUCAUUCCACUUGUGCCGAAGCCUGCUGUUGUUGCUUCUUCUAGGACUUUCUGCCUAAGUGCAAAAAUGCUUAGAAGGAAAAUGCUUCCUGACUGGAGAUGGGAACUAACCCUUUGGAGGAUCAGUGAUGUCUUCAGGAUACAGUGAAACAUACAAGCAUGUCUUUGGGAGCAAGAAUCCCUGAGUUAAUGUCACUUUAGAGUAUUUUUACAGAGUUAAAGCGUGACAUUCUAGCUAUCGGUUAGCUUGCUCUUAGGACGUGGUCUAUCAUGAUAUUUAACGUUGGUAGCAGACUGAUUGUGUUGCUCUACGAUUGUUCCUGGCACUUUAAGUGACCUUUAUUUCAAGACGUGUAUGACACACAGGACCUUGUAGUCUCUUCCACAUCAUGAAGCGUAUCCCAUCUGCUACUUGUAGAUUCUCUGUGGCUGGGUUUGUCUCCCUUCAAUUGUAUUCACAGAAGUUGUUAUUUCGUUUCUGAUCCCACAUUUCCCUUGCCACCCUAGUGCUCCUUGAGGCCAUGCUGUUAGACAAGGAGACAUCUCAGUCUUUCUGUUGACCUCUUAUUUUCCCAUGGUUUCCCUGUAGCUGUUGACCGUUACAGCAGUGUCUUCUGCUGUUUAAAGCUUUGCUGAAAACCCA